AUGAGCAUUUGCGCGGUGCUGCUACUGACACUGGUGGAAGGCCGGGGUCCCGGGCGUCCGCCCCCUCCGCAGGACCUGAGCCUUGGGCCUGGCUAUCUGGACUCACUUCUGCUCUCACACGAGGGUGUACGCCGGGAGACCUAUUGGUCCGGCACUGCUUACCCCAGAUCUUGCGAGAGCACAGGCGCGAACUAUGGCUUGCCUGGAGAAGAUCUGCCUUGGUCCAAAGGUCGCAGCGUUUUUCGGAGCUAUGUGGCCUCGGAUGCCCCAACUUCGGAAGAGCAGGAAGAGAUGUCAGCGCUUGCGUGGGAUCUGUCCAGGUGCUGGUGCACCUGCGGAUCCUGCAGUGAGCUACUCCAAGUGUGCCCGCUGGGUGCGCUGACUGCUUUGAACCUGAUGCGCGUAACAUCCUCCGUGAACAUACCCUCCAGAGUUGCCUCCUUUGUGAACACGGUCAGCGUUUGCUCCCACAUGGAUCCCUAUGUCCUUAUGACGAAGGUCUCCCACUGGCCUGAGCUCCUGCUUUCCAGCUGGCCGAUCUUUGGAUCGAUUUUUCGCCUUUCUGUACAGGUGCUUCAUGAUGGACUGCACGAAGGCCACCUUGAUGGCAUCUUUGCAGCACAGGUCGAACAAGCCCCAGCGGAAUGGAAAAUCCAUGGCCGGACCUGGGUGGCCGCCGAAAGCUUCUGCGAGCUUCUGGGAUUCCGUCCCACGGAGCAGAGUUGCCCGUUACUGCUGGCAUCGGUGCUGGUGAGGCAGGCCCUCAUGCUGGCGGGCUCCACGAAGAGCCAAGCUAUUGAUGCGAUUGAGACGCUGGUUGGCCGUGCACAGGUGCUGGUGCACAGCGUGCUACCAUUAGUUCCUGGUGUGAACGAGUGCAUGAAAUCGCAAAACCUCUUUUUGGGCUUGAGCCUGUUGCCAGAAGGCCGGCAUAUGUUUAAAGACCUCAUGGAGCUUCAAAAUCUCCUGGAAGGCUGGCUGUAUGUCCUACCCGACACUGCGGAAGGAACGUUAAGUUCAAAGCGAAGCUCCACGAUCUGCCCGGCAGCGCAUGGGUCGCGUUGGCAGGGUGAAUGGCUGCUGGAAACUGACUUCCUGAAGGAUUUUGAGUCCCAGCUGAGCUAUGAAUCGCUCCAGCAUGAGCACCUGAGAGCCCCGACUGGGGCGCCCAAGCCUCCCAAACCAGGUCAGAAGCAGGCGUGGGUUUGCACGCUCUUUGCCGGCCCGGAAGUACCAGAGAGCCAGGUGGCCCUCCACGCCGAACUCAUCCGCACCCUGGCGCACUCAGUGCGCCGGCACUCCUGGCACUCACGCCCUUUCGUGGUGCUUACCGAGGCCAGUAUCCCGGAUUUCAUUCUUCGAGAGCUCCUGGCCGACGGAUUGCUCAUCGAGUGCCUUUUUUUUCGGGUUUUGGGACACCGAGUGCCGCAAGACUUCGAAUGGAAGCUGAGCUGGUUCUCAGGCCGCGGGCUGACUCCUACCAUGGGGCAGCUCGCGGUAUGGAAUCUGACUGGAUGGGACACGCUCGUCAUGCUGGAUGAUGAUAUGCUGAUGCUGAAGCCAGCGGAUGAGCUCUUUAGCAUCCCGGUCUUCGCCAUGUCCCACGACCCGACACCCAUCGGUCAUGCGUUGGACGAUGGCGGGCAGAGGACGCGGCUAAACAAUGCCGCCCGAGUCGUACAGCCGUCUGCAAAAGUCUUCAACGCCAUGGUCGCAGAACUGCAGUCAGGCAUGUACAAAGAUCAUCCUCUCGUCAACUUCUGGGGGUAUGACCUGCAGACACUGGAAGAUGCCUUUUGGAGCCGUCGCAGUCGUCGAAGUGGCCUUGCUACCUUCGACGACACAAAAUCAUUCCAGGGCUGCACUAUUGCUCGACCGGGCCUCGCACGCAAGAAGCAGCAAAGCCUUGCCGACGCCCUCCCCGACGAG